ACCUCGCGACCCACACCCCCUGGGACUCCGCCUUAAAGCACGCCAUCUCCUUCCUCCAAAAAUCCGGCUGUCGCUCCCCCGACGUUUCCUUCACCUCCCUCAAACUCCCCGAAGCCAGCAAACCCGUGGAACUCCAAGUCUUCCUCAACCAAGUGGGAAAGAAACGUCGCGGAGGGAUCGGCUCCGCCUUUGAAAUCGACAUCCCAUUCAUCCGCCGAGCCGAACGGGCAGUAUUACGCUUCCUCCUGAACAACUCCAAACCGAGAUACCCCCUCCCGAGAUUCAUCCUCCCAAAGUAUUUGAAUAGCAAGAUGACGGACCGUGAACUGAUCGGGCCGGGAACUUAUGACCACGAAUAUUUCGAAAACCAACGGUUGAAAAGGCUGAAUAGGAUGCCGUCUUUGUGGGGUUCUUGCUCGGAGAGGUUUCCAAAGGAGAAAGUCGCUUGUCCUGCUUCGAGUUUUAUAGCGGAUCCGUUUUUUCAGUGGGAUCGGGCCUGUCAGAGGAAGAAGUAUCCGGGGAAGGUUCCGCUGUUUCAGUCGACCCCGUGUAAUUUUAGGUACAAAAACUUCUACCUGGGCUGCGGCCUUCCCCCCGGCCACUACAACAUCCAAUCCCCCCUGGAAUCGUAUAUAAACGAAAAGAAAUCCCUCCGUGGAAUAUACACCGAAGGAUCCGGAUUGGAUAAAUUUUGUCCAAAGACUUGCAAAGAAUUUAGACGAGGGAAAAUCGUAGAAAAAUCAAAAAAACUCGGCCCCGGCUCGUACAACAUUAAUGAAAACAUAACCACGCGACUAAACGACAAGUACAACCACUUCAAGGGAAAAUUGUCAAAGACGGAGCGCACGAAAAUGUGUGGUUUCCGUGCUGCGUAUGACAAGCCAUUGUGGCCGGAGGAUAAGGGUUAUCCUGGUCCCACGACGUAUAAUCCGUAUGAAAAUGAGGAUUGGAUCGAGUCGGAUUGGGUUGGGUUCAAGGUUCAGGAGGGGAGGAAGAUGGGUGUGGGUGGGAGUGGGGGGAAUAAAUUGUCCAGUCCGGAUUUCUAUUUCUAUCAGGAGGAGGGGUUCGUGGAGAGUAAGGUUAUUCUUGGAAAUGGGAUGAGGUCCAACUUCCUCUCCAAAUCCCCCAUGACUGCCCCCCAAUCCAUGCACGUCGUGAUUAAAGAAAGGAACAAGGCGACGCAUAAAAAAUUCGAUCAGCAACAAGAACCAAUUAUCCUUAGAGAAGAUGAUAUUUGUUAAUUCUCUAAAUGAAACUACUGGAAUAAUAAAGAUUAUGACACAC